AUGGAGGAUUUUGACUUUCCGAUUUGUAUAUUAAAAAUGAAUCUCCAGUGUUGUGAAGAUUUACCUUCUCGGAUCAAGAAGCUUCUACGAAAAGUGGAAGGAGUUUACGCCAUUACCAUAGACCCUGUGAAGGGUCUUGUUUUCGUCUCUGGCACAGCACAGCCUUCACUUCUUAUCAAAACCGUCGGAAAAAUAGGUCAAACUCCCCAACUUUACGCCUACGAGAGUGAUCCAACCAAGGCUAAGACCCGAUUCCGUUCAUUGCUUCAACGUUACGCCACCAACAAGGGCCACGACGAACCAACCUCUGCACCCGCCUCUACCACCACCACCACUACCACCACCAAUACACUAGAAACUUGUCCAGCAGGAGGCGAAAAUUUUAGAGGUUUUGGGUAUGCGGGACCACCGACGAUGAUGCAGAUGCCUCUCUUUACCUUGCCGCCAAGGAUGGGACCACCGGGAUGGUUAGCACCAGCUUCAAAACCGAGGUUGAUGGUGAAGUACGAGGAGCCUAAGGUGAUGACGAGGAAGCCCCCUGCGCCUUAUCCCUUUGAUUACUACGAGAACUUGGGUUUUCCAGCAUCCGACUCUCUUUUCACCUAUUUAAGCGAUGAUAACCCUCAACCUUGCACUAUCAUGUGACCAAGGCUGCCUUAAUCA